AUGAGGCUGGAGGAGUACGGCCUCCAUGUCAGAAAGGACAAGUGCAUGUUCUUCCAGGAGUCGGUGGAGUAUCUAGGCCACACUAUUGAUGCUGCUGGGCUUCACAAGUUGCCAGAAAAGGAGCGUGCGGUUGUGGAGGCACCGGCACCCACCAAUGUAAGUCAACUACGCUCUCUCCUCGGAAUGAUUAACUACUAUGGACGUUUCAUGCCAGAUCUGGCAACCAUCCUGCAGCCACUGAAUGCACUGCUGCACAAGGGAAAGAAAUGGCAGUGGACGACUGGUUGUGAGGCGGCGUUCCGUAGAGUGAAAGAACUCAUGGUAUCUCAAAAAGUGCUGACCCACUACAACCCAGAGCUGCCCCUUCGUUUAGCGUGUGACGCUUCACCUUACGGGGUAGGUGCUGUACUCUCGCAUGUCAUGCCAGAUGGGGUAGAGAAACCUAUUGCCUAUGCAUCUAAAACGCUCAGCCGGGCUGAGCAGAACUAUGCUCAGAUUGAGCGUGAGGCACUAGGGAUAGUUUUUGGGGUACGCAAGUUUCACCAGUACCUUUAUGGCAACAAGUUCACACUGCUAAUUGACCAUCGCCCAUUGACCUCCAUUCUCAGUCCAGUAAAAAGUACGCCUUCAAUGGCCGCAGCCCGCAUGCAGCGCUGGGCACUCCUCUUGUCUGCACAUGACUACACGAUCGAGUAUCGUAAAGCCGCAGCGCAUACAAAUGCAGAUGGACUGUCAAGGCUGCCCCUCCCUGACACGGAGCGGGACAAGUUGGACACAGUAGAUGUGUUUUAUUUGUCGCAGUUAGAGACAUUACCAAUCAGUACAACGGAUAUCAGACAUAACACCAGGUCUGACCCAACAAUGUCUCGCGUAUUAGAGAUGGUCAGCACUGGUCAAUUUCCAAACAUGAAAAACACAGAGUCUGAAUUGUCACCUUAUUUGACUCGCCGACAUGAACUCACAAUUCAGCAGGGAUGCCUCAUGUGGGGCGUGCGAGUGUUGGUGCCACCCAAGCUACGGCUCAGGGUGCUCAAUGAGCUACACACUGCACACCCAGGGGUAGUGAGGAUGAAGAGUUUGGCACGUUCAUAUGUCUGGUGGCCAGGCAUUGACUCUCAGAUUGAGCUCCAGGCCAAAUCAUGCCAUUCAUGUCAGCGCAUACAAAAAGAGCCCAGUCUUGCCCCUCUACACCCGUGGGUGUGGCCCUCCGGUCCUUGGGAAAGAAUUCAUGUGGACUUUGCUGGGCCAUUUGAAGGACAUAUGUAUCUGGUGGUUGUGGAUGCCCAUUCCAAAUGGCCCGAUGUGCAAAUCAUGGAUUGCACCUCUGCAAAUAAGACCAUCAAUGUACUGAGAGGCUUAUUAUUCAGUCGUCACGGGGUCCCUCACAUCCUAGUGAGUGAUAAUGGGCCUCAGUUCAGCUCAGAGGAAUUUGCCACAUUCUUGAAGGCAAAUGGAGUCAAGCACGUUCGCUCCGCACCAUACCACCCGGCUACAAAUGGCCUGGCCGAGCGAUUUGUGCAAACGUUCAAACAUGCCCUCAGAUCCUCCAGAGGCACCGCACCAAUUCAACAGCGUCUGGACAUAUGUUUGUUGACGUACCGUAAUACCCCUCAUGCUACAACAAAAGAACCACCCGCUAUGCUGUUCACAAAGCGCACACUGCGCACACGACUGGACAUUCUUAAACCCAGUGUGACUGGCGUUGUUCAUCAAUCUCAGGCCGCCCAGCAGCAGCGCCGUCAACAGCGCUCCAAGGCCAGACACUUUGCAGUGGGUGAGUCUAUCCUUGUACGGGACUACCGGAGAGGGGAGGAGAAGUGGGCACAAGGGUUGGUAAUGACACAAACAGGACCAGUGUCAUAUGAGGUCAUGGUAGGAGCUGACAAAGUGUGGAAACGACACGUGGAUCAAAUAUUGCCAUGCACAGAGCAGGCGCACGCAGACGCGGCCGGCUCUGCUGUCCUCCUUCCUCCAAGUUCGGCAAUCCACCUUAAUACACACUUUCCCGAGGCAACUUCAAAUGUUCAAUCCGAUACGCAUGCAUCUCACAUGGACGUGAAGGGUCCAACUGUUCUUGGGGAUUUCAAGCACACUCAGACACCUCGUUCCAGUGGACCAGACAAGGCUGAACCUUCUAAAGUUGCAGAGACUGCUAGACAUUCACGCUAUCCAGUGAGACAAACAAAACCACCAGCGCGUUACCGUGUUGAGUAA